CUAUGCAAUGGCCAAAAGGGAUUGUUUUGAUCAGUGGAAACCGGUGGUUGCGAUGGUGGGCGUUAGUUUUGCCUCGGCCAUUGUUAACAUAUCACUCAAGAAGGCCCUGAAUCAGGGAAUGAGCCAUUUGCUCUUUAUCACUUACAGGCAAUCCAUCUCUGCUAUUUUCUUGAUCCCCAUUGUCUGUUUCUGGGAAAGGAAAUGCUGGAAACAUCUCACUUGUGGCAUAUUAUGCAGCCUUUUUUUCAGUGGACUACUCGGGGCAACCCUUACUCAAUACUUCUUCCUUGUUGGGCUUAAAUAUACGUCACCAACAUACACUUGCGCUUUCAUUAACGUGGUGCCAGUGAUUACAUUUAUGUUGGCCCUGCCACUUAGGCAGGAGAAAGUUAACUUGAAAAUUUCAAGUGGAAGAGCAAAGGUGCUGGGCACAAUAGUUUGUGUUGGAGGAGCCUUAGUUCUAAUCCUGUACAAAGGAAUGCCAGUGAUCAAUGCGCCUAAAUCAUCCCCUGCAAUGCUCCAGAAAGCCAAGCAUGAUACCGAAAAUUGGGUUAUUGGUUCCAUAUUUCUUGCGUUGGGUGGCAUCGUGUGGGCUUCAUGGUUUCUCAUUCAGUCUUGGAUUGGAAAAUCUUACCCCUAUCAGUAUUGCAGCACAGCUCUUUUGUGUUUCUUCAGUGCUAUCCAAUCAGCCCUCUUAUGUGUUGCCGUCGAAAGACCCAAUUCUUGGACCCUCAAAGGACCAUUACAGAUUUUUACUAUCAUUUAUGCUGGAAUCGUGGGAUCAGGUCUGGGCUACGUAAGCAUGUCAUGGUGUGUAAAACAAAGGGGGCCUGUUUUCACUGCAGCAUUUAGUCCUUUCCUACAAAUCUUUGUUGCUAUCUUUGAUGUCUCCUUACUUCAUGAACAGAUAAAUCUUGGAAGCAUUUUGGGAUCCAUUCUUGUUAUAAUUGGUAUGUAUAUUCUUCUAUGGGGAAAGAGCAAGGAAGCAAACACUGAUCACAAGAAUGCUCUUGAAAAAGUUGGAGAUUGCAACCACGCCUUGCCAGUCACUACACCAACAGCUGCUGGCUCAAUAACUUCUGGAUAACUGCUGCUCUUAUAUUGAAGCUCCUCUGCAUCUUUAAAGAACUGUAGACUUCUGAUCAAAAAAGAAAAAUCCCUGUAACUGACCAUAAAACAUUUGUUAAUCAAAAACCAAGAUUCAAGGUUCAGAAAUCACAAGAAGAAAUAAACAGACAACGAUUUUUGCCUCAUGGUGAUUUUUCCUUUCGGCACGGUCGUAGCUGGCAAAGCAUUAUCGCCAUUGUUAGCCAUAGAUCGACUCUCAUGUAUCACAUCUGUUGUGUAUAGGUAAUAGACUGUGCACACAGAACAUAAUUUC